UUGCAUUUUCAGACGGAUUAUGUUAAUGUCCCAACAACAGUUUUCACUCCUCUUGAAUAUGGGUGUAUAGGUCUUUCUGAGGAGAAUGCUAUCAGCAAAUUCGGAAAAGACAAUAUCGAGGCGAGCGCUUUCACAAAUCGUCCUCACUGUGCUUCUUUUAAUAAUAGUUGUUUAGACAACCGCGUGGUAGGCUUCCAUGUUUUCGGUCCCAACGCUGGCGAGGUUACACAGGGCUACGCUGUUGCUAUGCGUCUGGGUGCGAGAAAGGAGGACUUUGAUCAUACCAUCGGUAUCCAUCCUACCUGUUCAGAGGUAAGCCACACACUUAGGGGCACUGAGGCCAUGUGA